UGAAGUUUGACUACACACCAACCCCAAACACACCCACUUUUUUUCCCCUCUUGUCACCAACCCCCUCCUCUUUAGCCACCAAAGCUUGGUUGGUGAGUCCUCCAAAACUGCUAAAUUCUCUCUCUCCUGAAAAAAAAACUAAAACCCACCAAAAUUUCAGACAUCAAAAAAAUUACAAGUGAAGGAAACAAUAAUGGCUCAAGCUAGCACCAUAAACAAUGGUGUCAAAAGCACCCAAUUAUGCCCCAAUUUACCCAAAACCCACUUAUCCAAAUCUUCAAAAUCUGUUAAAUUUGGAUCAAAUUUGAGAUUUUCUCCAAAGUUGAAAUCUUUUAACAAUGAAAGAGUUGGUGGGAAUUCAUCAGUUGUUUUCAGGGUUAGGGCUUCAGUUGCAGCAGCAGCUGAAAAAUCAUCAACUGCACCAGAAAUUGUGCUACAACCCAUCAAAGAGAUCUCGGGUACCAUUCAAUUGCCCGGAUCCAAGUCAUUAUCUAAUCGGAUUCUACUUCUUGCUGCCCUUUCUGAGGGAACAACAGUGGUUGACAACUUGCUAUAUAGUGAUGAUAUCCGUUACAUGCUGGAUGCUUUGAGAACUCUUGGGUUGAAUGUGGAGGAUGAUAAUAUAGCCAAAAGGGCAAUCGUGGAGGGUUGCGGUGGUUUGUUUCCUGUUGGAAAAGAUGGGAAAGAAAUUGAACUUUUUCUUGGAAAUGCAGGAACAGCAAUGCGCCCAUUGACAGCUGCAGUUGCUGUUGCUGGAGGAAAUUCUAGCUAUGUACUUGAUGGAGUGCCGAGAAUGAGGGAGCGACCCAUUGGGGAUUUGGUAGCGGGUCUAAAGCAACUUGGCGCCGAUGUUGACUGUUAUCUUGGCACAAAUUGUCCUCCUGUUCGAGUGAAUGCUAAAGGAGGCCUUCCCGGGGGCAAGGUCAAGCUCUCUGGAUCAGUUAGUAGCCAAUAUUUGACUGCACUGCUUAUGGCUACUCCUUUGGGUCUUGGAGACGUGGAGGUUGAAAUCAUUGAUAAAUUGAUUUCUGUACCCUAUGUGGAGAUGACAAUAAAGCUAAUGGAAAGGUUUGGAGUGUCUGUAGAGCAUAGUGCUGACUGGGGUAGGUUCUUGAUCCGAGGUGGUCAGAAGUACAAAUCUCCUGGAAAUGCGUAUGUUGAGGGUGAUGCUUCAAGUGCUAGUUACUUCAUAGGAGGGGCCGCAGUCACUGGUGGGACUGUGACUGUUGAGGGUUGUGGAACGAGUAGUUUACAGGGUGAUGUAAAAUUUGCUGAAGUUCUUGAGAAGAUGGGUUGCAAGGUAUCCUGGACAGAGAACAGUGUCACUGUCACUGGACCACCCAGGGAUGCAUCUGGAAGAAAACACUUGCGCGCCGUUGACGUCAACAUGAACAAAAUGCCAGAUGUUGCAAUGACUCUUGCUGUUGUUGCUCUUUAUGCAGAUGGACCCACCACCAUUAGAGACGUGGCUAGCUGGAGGGUGAAGGAAACAGAACGGAUGAUUGCGAUUUGCACAGAGCUCAGAAAGCUGGGGGCAACAGUUGAGGAAGGAUCAGAUUACUGUGUGAUCACUCCACCUGAGAAACUAAAUGUGACGGCCAUUGAUACAUACGAUGAUCACCGAAUGGCCAUGGCAUUCUCUCUUGCUGCCUGCGCCGAUGUUCCUGUUACCAUCAAGGACCCGGGUUGCACUCGCAAGACUUUCCCAGACUACUUUGAUGUGUUGGAAAGGUUUGCAAAGCAUUAAGUGGUCUCCUACAUAUUCUAUGAAGCAUAAGCUGAGAUUUUUUGAGAGAAUUAGGAGAUGAAAAAUGCUUUCUGCUUGAGUUAUCAUCACAUUCUUUGUAUUAUGAUUGUAAGAUUAUUAUAGUAUAGAGUUUACAAAGUACUACUAAUAAUUGUUAUGUAUCCGAUUGAUCAGAAAUAAGUUAAUUGGAAGGCUGGACUUUGAAAAUGUGACCAAGACACUAGUGUGACCAUGUCAUUUUGUUAAUGUGAGUUCAAUGUUAUUGAUUCAA